GCCAAGGUUCAAGUUCGAUCUAUCUAAAUCAUGAAAUGGAAAUAGAUCAAGAUGCCUCGCGCAUCAAUUUUGAUAAAUCUGUCGAUAAAGAACGCUGUUAUAACGAAUGGCAAAAGGUCAUGGAAUACAGUUCAAUUAUUACAGAAUAUGCCACAUCUCCGAAUGGUCAUAGUCAAUAUUCUAGCGAUGAAAUAAGUACACCCACCUCUUCACAAAAUUGGCAUGCAUAUGAUGAUAUUCCAGGUGUAUCAACGCCGAUAAUUGAUGAAUCUCGUCAAUCCGAUUAUAUGAUCGAGAAUCACCGCAAAUUACUAGAAUCUAGUUCAAAAUACCCACCAUUAACUGUUGAACAGCAGAUUCAAAUUGCAAAGUAUCUGGAUUUACAUGGAGAAUAUGAACCUUCGU